GCAAUAUUAACAUUUGGAAUUCCAUUCAGUCGUCCAGUUAUAAACUGCUUAUGUGGGUGGUGAAAGUGAAAUAGCGCAGUGAAAAACGUGAAUAAUAAAUUGGAAGCAAAAGGAUUGGUCACACCAUGGAUGAAAAACAAGAGAAACUUCUGCGGCAGAAGCGUGUUGAUAUUGUUACUGACCUUGAGCCGCGUGGUAUUGUCCUUGACACGUUGUAUGAAGACGGCGUUCUGACAGAGAAUGAUGUCGAACUCGUAUCGUCUGCUCCUACGAGGAAACAACGCUGCCACGUGCUCCUUCAACUUCUGCCAACUCGCGGCCCGGUUGCCUACGGGUCAUUUCAAAAGGCAUUAUUGGUGGGAAAAUACGAUUUUUUGGUGGAUAAGCUGAACGCUCAACUUAAUGUUGCAGAAGAAAAUACACGGGAAAACAAAAAAUGUGAAAUGUGUCUCAGUUUUCUUCAGAGAAUAGUUGGUUGCCAUUCGACUACGAAUUCUAAACUAUUGGCGUUGCUCAACGAACAUUGUUGUUCGUUUUUGGACAACGUUGAACCUCGUGACGUCAUCGACCGACUGUUUCAGGAUGGAAUUCUGGUAAACGAUGACCUUGACACAAUAAUGAGCUGUUCAACCAGACGAACUCGCUGUGAGACAUUGUUUUUACUUCUUCUCAAUUUUGAAACGUGUGUGAUUGACAGUCUUGCGGCAUCUCUUUCGAAAAAAUACGGCUUUUUAGUCGAAAAGGUUGCGAGUUUAAAAAGUCUCCAUAAACACGAAACGUGUUCCACGUCGACCUCUCAGCGAACUACUCAUGACACGGCUUUAAAGGAGUUCGACUUUACCAGCGAGCACGGCGCGAAACGAAUGGUCCCACCAUGUAAUCUCGAUACAACUGCCGUUGAUAAUGUUCCGUAUACGGCCUCGGGGUGGAGAGUGCAAAACACUGAAACGAGCAGCGAUGUCAUUGAUGGGUCGGUUCCAGGUUCAGUUGAGGCCAGUCGUAUACACGACGCCAGAAGCGUCAACAAGCAUCCACAUCGCAAUGGCGCUGAUGUAAUAACAAAACUAAAGUCCAAUAAACCUCGACACAAACUGGAGGAAAACGAUCGUCAUGAUAAGCGAGAUACCAAAGUUGACACAAAAUUGUCAGGCAGUGAACAACAAUCGAAUUGCGCAGUUGCGCUGCAAUGCGGUGCGCGGGAAAUUAUACCAAAACAAGCCACGGCCAUUACGUCAGAGAAAACGAGCAAGCGAAUUCAUGUGGCUUUCAACUUUCUUAGCACGUUGAUCAACCAAGGCCAGUACGAGAAAUUUGAAAGCUACUCAAACCAAUUGAAAGCGUCGUGUUCGUCAAAUAACGACCUCAUGUGCAUUCUGGGAUACCUGCACGCCAGUCGAGACCUGUUCCGGACCGAUUUCGAUUCCGCGAAAAAACACAUCUGUGAAACCAUGAAACUCGUCCCCAAGACUUCGAACCCACGCUACUUUGCUUUAGAACUGUUUACCGCGAAGACUCGAAUGUACAUAACCCAGAAGAAGCUGACAAAGUUGCAGGAGACCUUGGACGAGGCGAUGAUGAUUCUGGAGACAGAUCCGGUCGGUUGUACCGGACGCGCAGCCGGGUGGUUAUAUUUGAACGACGGCCGAAGUAAAACUACUCAACUCACUUGUUUGAAUCUCAGUAAGACGAGCGCUUUCCACGCAUAUAAUCGCUUAUUUAACGGGGCAAAAACAAGCUUUCAGCGCGCCAUGACGAACUUCCAACGUGACGGAGGGAAGGACGGCCCAUUCGGAUUCGGUUACGCCCUCUGUCGCCUUGCCAUUCUUCUGUUGCGCUGUGGAGACAACGGUCUGACCAUGGAUCAGAUUAAGCCUCCGAAGGAAGAUGUCAUAUCCGCCGGAAGUUACAUAACUCAAUUAGAAAACUCAGACAUCCCUAUUCCGAAAAUACUCGAAAUGCAUUUCCGUUUGGCAAAGUGUGACUUCCAAUUUCGUUGCAACAAUUUCGUGCGCGCACUUGAACACGCCAACAUAGCGCGUGACCUCGCCGUUGAGUUAAAUAUGCUAGAGUUCACUGAGCAUGCGCAAAAUCGGGUGACAUAUCUGCAGACGAAAGCACUUUUUGGAGUUAUUGCCCCUGACAUAGAUGAAGACGAGGCGAAACGAGUGCUUUUUGAAGAAACUUCUGCAAGUGGAAGUUGUUCCGAAUAAAGCUACAUCCUUCGUUACCGCCUAAAAUGUAAACCUAUUCGUCUUAAGUAUCAAAAAAGUACUGCACUAUAUCAGAAAGCUAAAUCAUUACAUGUUUUCACUGUGCUUAAAUACGUUGUAAACAAAUUCUUAGUUGCUUAAAACAACAAUGAAAGUUAUUGUUUUCGAUGUGAUGUGGCUGGUAUAAUCACAAGAACACAUAAUACAUAAAAUUAACUAUAACGCGCUCAUGAAAGUUUCGUUUCUAUUUCCAGUUAUGAGCUAACGUGUUAUUGCACCGAAUCUCGUCCCUCUGACAUGAGAUUUCUUGUAUUGUUUGACUUGUCGCAAUCAUGAACUCGCUUUUUGCAGUUCUGACUGUACAGGAUUUAUUGUGUAUAGAUGCUUGUUAUAUCUGCUGUUUUAGUUGAUUUUAUUGCCCAUACAUUUAUCGCCAAAUAUAUUAUUAUAUAGAACUAUUUAUAUAAAUACACUGAUGUGAUCAUU